AUGUCGACGGGGAAACGGCUUGCGAAGCGCUCCAUCAUAGGGACGCGCGUCGCGGCGCUUGGAGAGGACGGAUUAUACUAUUCUGGUAUGAUUCAGGCGGUGAAGACGCCGGCGCCAUUCCCGGAGAAUAACAACUGUAUAAAUUUAACGCCGAAUACACGGUAUACAGUACGGUUCGAUGGCGGUAAAGUGAGCCGUGAGUAUCGUGACGCAGAGCUGAUCGGGCCCGGUUUCCGCGGGCUGACUGGCGUGCGUCUUCAGCCCGGCCAGCGCGUCUUCCUCACCCACAAUGGCCGAGAAGUGCGUGCGGACGUGCUCUGUCAUGACCAUGAAACUGACGAGCUGCGUGUCCAGGUGCACACACCUGCCGCUGAAGCGCCAUUCGAGCUGAAGAAAAGACUGGAUGAAAUAAGACUGCUGGAAUCACGGAAGUCCGCAAGGCUGGCCGAUGUUGAUACGGAUUUCGCGAGGCUUGCUGACAUGGCUGGCGACCGCCGACGUGCCUCCGCUACUAUUGAAGUGCCUACACAUCACAUGCAAGGAUCACGUAAACGCGGCCCGAGCAGUUCGUGCGAUCUCGGCUAUGGAGAACGCGAUGAUCAGAUGAACGAGUGUAACGCUGCGCUCGUCCUUAUGUCUCUCAGCUGCUCGCCCAACUCUCCACGGCCAAGUGCAUGGGGUGGACGCUCAUCAGUAUCACCUGGGGCCAGCAGUAGCUCGGGCUCUUCGUGGCGUUCUAGCACGCCAUCGCCGCCUCCUGUCUCAUCCUCAUUCAGUGAUGAAGGCAUUGCUAUGGACUACGAGGAUCUACACCCUCGUAAGAAAAGGAUAAACAGCGUCGUAUUUGAAUGCACUUGGCGAGGUUGCGGUCACAUCACCAACAGUUGUUCAUCAAUAGAAGCGCACAUUCGACACACGCAUUUAGGGCCGAAGAAAGAGGGGGAGAGUGAUCACGAGGAGGAAUUUUAUUACACGGAACGCGAGGUAGCAGCACCGCCGCCACCACCCACUUUGUCCCACCGAGACAUGUGUAGACCGCCGCACGAGGAUCCGGACUAUCAACGACAGCUGGUCGGUUCCUACAGACAAGGGCUGCUCUCUACGAUGCAGAACGCCUCCGCUAGGCCCAUAAGUAUUCCAGUUACCCACCCCUGGUCCACAUCACACUCACCGAAACAUAUGCGGCUGUCUGCAAUGAGCGGGUCGCCAGGUAGUCCGGGGCGGCGGCCGCGGUCUGAUAACAAGAAGUGUCGCAAAGUGUACGGCAUGGACCAACGUGACCUUUGGUGCACACAGUGCAAGUGGAAGAAAGCGUGUACGCGCUUCAACGAAUAG